GGGUCUCAGCGAACAGCAUUUCCACUGUUCCAUGCUCAACUCGGCAGCCUUGGUGGCACUGUCUGCUCCGUUCCAAAGGAAACCAGCGAAUGUCGUCGAUUUAGUUGAUGUCUGGUGAUUGAGCGCAGUGUCUUUGUUGACCUCGCGCUCCACAUCUCUCAUGAAGAGAACAAGAAGAAAACUAGAGGCUCAUUGUGUUUCUUGCGAAUUGCUCGACGUGCAAUGGCCAUGGCGUCUGUCUUCCUGCCGCCGGUCUCAAGUAGCAAGGUUACGCUAGGUGAUUGCGUUGUGUCAAGUACACAGCACCGUCCCAUGUCUUUAUUGUCCAGAGGAUUAUUUGGCGCUGAGGUUCCGGGAAGCAGUAUCUGUAGACAGGAGUUAUGGCGAGGUGGUCUGGAGCGGAGAACGUCGAGGCGGGAGAGCGGAGUGGUUGCUUGUGAGGCGAAAAAUGAAACGAAAACGCCGCCCACUGCGGAUGCCAGCCCUCUCGUGAAGAUGGUGUGGUAUGGCAGCGAGGCGUUCGGGAAGUUUGUGGCUGCAUUUCGACCUAGCGCAACCGUCGAACCAGAAGACGAGGAGAUGUUUGUCGGCCCCGUGCCUAGGAGUGAAGUUGUUGACCUCAUAAAGAAGGAUUACGAACGUUCUUACUUUGUUACAGGGAACAUGACUAUGGGUAUAUAUGAAGCCGACUGUGAGUUUGCGGAUCCCUUUGUAGCAUUCAAAGGUCUGAGGAGAUUCAAGCAGAAUGUGAGCAACUUAGGAUCAUUUAUGGAGGAAUCUAGCUUGAAAAUCACAGAUUGGCAAGAAUAUGAGGACAGGGUGUAUGCCCGGUGGCGAUUCAAUUGCAUCCUGGGACUCCCCUGGCGUCCUAUUUUGGCAGCAACUGGAAGCACAGAAUACUUCUUUGAUAGCAAUUCUGGAAAGAUUUGCAAGCACGUCGAGAAUUGGGAUAUUUCACCUGCUGACGGGGUCCGCCAGUUAUUUAAACCCAACCCAAAGUUAAAGAAGACAAUGUCGUAGUGCAUUCCAUUGAAUGUGAAGCAAUUUUUGUUAUAUACAGCAAUUAGGCUCCCAGAGAAAUUGAAGCUCACGUUGAUAACAUCUAGCCGGAAUAUCUCUGGUUGCAGAUCUUGUAAAAUGUCAUGUGUUCUGUAUAGACCUGUUCCAGUACUAAGUAGAAGUGUUCUGACAGCCUAUGGAUUUCAAGUACAUGUAUUCCAUGCGCGUGUUAGCCUCACACAGUGAACCGCAGUCAAUGUGCACAAUGUUAUGAAAUCUUAUGUCACAACCUUAAGGAUGUAACUACAAGGUUUCAUUUUGUGUGCAACAGUAAGACCUUCAACUGUAUUUGAAGAUUGAAGGUUAUCGUAGCCUGAGAAAAAUCUUUAUAUGUUUCACUUAGUACAGUAAAUCUCUUCAAGGAAGGUGAA